GCCGCAGCAAACAUCAUUCCAUUCUCAACUCAGUUACGAGUCUAAUAUAUCUACGAGUACACUAUCACAAUAAUAUUCACAAAAUGUCUGCGCACAGACACAGCGAGUUGCAUGAGGAUUUCCUAUUGAAACCCUCAAAGGUCGAUGAUGUCAUUAAACUGCUCAACGAAAUUGCCAAAAGCAGCAAGGAUAAGACUGAAAUGGACAUCAGUGCAGGAGUUACGGACACUAGUUUCAUGGUCUUGAAGCGCAUCGAAACUGGCGAGAGGCGAAAGAGCUCUAUUCGCAGAAGCAACCUUAAGAGAACAAAUACGAAUCAAUUUACAUUCAUGCGGCAAAUUAAUGUAAGCGAAGAGGAGAGGCACAAAGUGCGAAUUGAACGCAUGAGUGUGGCGAAUAGUUUUCGCAGAUUGGGCAAUCUAGAGUAUCGCAAGUUGAACUAUGAUAAGGCAAUUGAUUAUUAUUCAAAGGGUUUGAAUUAUAUUGUCGACUCGCCAGUUCUUUAUGUGAAUCGCAGUCUGUGCAACAUCAAAAAACGCGAAUAUAAACGAGCUCUAUUAGAUCUGGAUCAUGUGCUUAACAACCUAGAUGAGAUCUGUCUGCGAGCUUUGCUUUAUAAAGCCGGCACCUUGAAGCGAAUGAAUAACGAAACUGGCUUCGAACAAUACGUUCAAACAGCGCGACGUUAUCAUAGAUCAGAGUUGACAUAUAUUGAUUAUUUUUUGGACAAAAUGCGUUCAGAUUUCUAGCAAACAUUUUUCAUA